CUGGGAGAACACAUUUGAAAAAGAUUGACCUUUACAUGUUUCUAUGGCGUAGCGCACAUUCCAAGGACUAAUAAACAAAUUUAAAAAAAAAAUAAAAAUCAAAGGAAGCCAUCCCUCUCACAAAAUGACUGUCCAAAUCCAUUUCCAACUCUAACUUCAGCUUUCAAUUCUUCAUCACACACGCUCACUUCAUAUCAAACUCACAUUUUCACUCUUACACCUCUCAGUUUGGUGUUUACCUCUGUUCAUUUCUCUUUUUAUCCUUAAACUGGUUCCACCCUUUUGUGAGAAUCUCCUCUCCAGUGCCCCCGUGAUGACGAACCUCUCGAAAGUUCAAUCUUUCUCUUAAUUGGAUGUAAAAAAGCUGGCGGGUAUUUUGGGUUUUGACUUUUCUCCGGGAAAUUCGUUCCUCAUCAGAAGAAUCAAAACAUGGCUAAUUUUGAGAAUGACAAGCGCCCAAUGCUGUCGGAUACAGAUGCACAACCAUACGAUGAACCUUCGGAUUCUAAAUUCCUAAGGAUGGUAACCAGGACUCAAAGUGCUUCAAUUUCUAUUCCCAUGAGCUCCUUGGAGUCAUAUGAGAAAGAAACUAGCCUUGUGGGACAUACUGGUCCACUUCUGAGCAAGAGAAAAACACCCUAUAUGCAUAUGAGUGGUCCAUUAUAUGCUACCACUGGAAGUGGAAAUCUUUUGCAGAAGCAUGUUGUAUCGGGAAACAAAGCAGAUGACAGAAAGACAGAUAAUUUUUCUACUCUCCAUGGCUCAAGUUCAAAUUACCAAAACAGUGACUAUGAUAGAAAAAAUGAACACUUACUAAGGUCUGGGCAGCUGGGAAUGUGCAAUGAUCCUUAUUGUACUACUUGCCCUACUUACUUCAAUGCUUCUCAGCAAAGAAAUCCAAAAUCUUCUGCUAGAUGGGAUCCAAAGUUCCAUAAUGCUCUUUAUGGGGAUGCCAAGAGUUUUGUGAGGAAACUUCCUUCUUUCUUUUCUUCUUAUGUUCCUGGAGUUAUGAACCCUCACGCUAAAGUUGUACAAAAGUGGAGCAAAUUUUUGGCCAUUUUUUGCUUAAUUGGUAUUUUUGUUGACCCAUUGUUUUUCUUUUCACUCUAUGUGGAGAAGGUGAAUAAAUGCAUUGUUAUCAACUGGCCAUUGGCAACAACACUUGCUUUAGUUAGAUGCGUGAAUGAUUUUAUUUAUUUCCUUAACAUUCUUCUCCAGUUUAGGUUAGCUUAUGUUUCUCGCGAGUCAAGGGUGGUUGGUGCUGGAGAUUUAGUUGACCAUCCAAAGAAAAUUGCUCUUCAUUACCUAAAGGGUUAUUUCCUCAUUGACUUAUUUGUUGUAUUUCCUCUUCCUCAGAUAAUGUUAUUAUUUGUCCUACCAAAUUCCUUGUCGGGAGCAAAUUAUGCCAAGAAUCUUCUGCGUGCAGCAAUAUUAGUGCAAUAUUUUCCCAAAUUAUUCAGGUUUCUGCCACUGCUGAUCGGCCAAUCUCCAACAGGAUUCAUAUUUGAGUCAGCCUGGGCAAAUUUUAUUAUAAAUCUUCUCAUUUUUAUGCUUGCUAGUCAUGUUGUUGGCUCUUGCUGGUACCUCUUCGGUCUUCAGAGGGUUAACCAGUGUUUGCGGAAAGCCUGUCAUAACUCUACUAUACCUGGAUGCAUGAAGUUCAUUGAUUGUGGACGUGGUCGUCCAAAUUUCACAUCAAAUCCGUGGAUCAACAAUACUGAUGCUGUUGCUUGUAUGGAUUCUUCCGGUUUCACUUAUGGGAUUUAUCAGUCUGCUGUACCACUUACUAUAGAAACUAAUGUAAUCAACAAAUACGUGUACUCUCUUUUUUGGGGAUUCCAGCAAAUCAGUACUCUGGCUGGUAAUCUAGUUCCUAGCUAUUUUGUGUGGGAAGUCCUUUUUACUGUGGCCAUCAUAGGAUCGGGACUCUUACUUUUUGCAAUUCUCAUUGGUAACAUACAGAACUUUCUACAGGCUCUUGGACGGAGGAAACUGGAAAUGCAACUUAGAGGUCGUGAUGUUGAGCAGUGGAUGAGCCAUCGUCGAUUACCUGAAGAUCUAAGAAGGAGAGUAAGACAGGCUGAACGGUACAGUUGGGCCGCCACAAGGGGGGUGAAUGAAGAAAUGCUUAUGGAGAAUUUGCCAGAAGAUCUGCAGAGAGACAUAAGACGCCAUCUCUUCAAAUUUGUUAAGAAAAUUCGGAUUUUUGCUCUGAUGGAUGAGCCUAUAUUAGAUGCCAUUUGUGAGAGACUAAGACAAAAGACACACAUUAAAGGAAGUAAAAUUCUAAGUCAUGGUUGUCUAGUAGAAAAGAUGGUAUUCGUGGUGCGUGGUAAAUUGGAGAGCAUUGGAGAAGAUGGAACCAGAAUUCCUCUAUCUGAAGGGGAUGCAUGUGGUGAGGAACUUCUGACAUGGUAUCUUGAACAUUCUUCAGUCAGCACAGAUGGUAGAAAAGUAAGGCUUCCAGGACAGAGAUUGGUCAGCAACAGGACAGUAAGGUGCUUAACAAAUGUGGAGUCAUUUGCACUCUCUGCUUCAGACCUUGAAGAAGUCACAAUCCUUUUCACAAGAUUCUUGCGGAGUCCAUGCGUCCAAGGAGCCCUAAGGUAUGAGUCACCUUAUUGGAGAUCCCUUGCUGCGACCCGCAUUCAAGUUGCAUGGAGAUACAGGAAGAAACGUCUAAGUCGUGUUAAUUCCACACCAUCAGAUUGAACAUUGAGGUUUUUGGUUCCAGUAUACUAUUUAAUUUAUUUAAAAUUAAAUAGUAUCAAAUAUCAGUAAUUAAAGCUAAAAGUGGUAUAGGAUGGAAAUGGAAAUACUAAAUAAUAUUUUUUAAUUAUUUUUUAAAAAAUUGUAAUUAUAACAUAAGUUGUGUAAGUGAUCCAGGUAUUAUCUAAUACAGUUUCCAUUCCGUCAGGCAUACAUACUAAGGGUUUCACAAUAAAGCUCUGCACAAUACAAUGAUCACGAGGAUAAAUGUAUUUUUAGAUGCUGCAAAAAUACUUUUAAAUUUAAAUCA